GCUAUAAGCAGCCGUGGCGCGCAGAGAGCUGACAGAGUUGAAAUGAGAGGAGGCAUCAUCGCGCCGGAUGCUGCUGGAGUCUGAGCCAUCAGGAGGGCUGAAAAUGCCAUCAGGGCAAACUUUUUCUGUGUGUCUUUGGUGACACACGGCUGCUUUCUGACUUUGGAGGUGAGGAGAAGAGUUCAGGCAUGUCUCUGAAUGAGACUGGAGUCCAGACGGUGGCUCCAGAGACAUGUGAGCAGCAGCUUUUACAGGAGGACAAUGCUGGAAAUGGUAACGGAGGUUCCACCAGCAGCAACUUGUCGCUGCACUGCUGGCUGCAGCUCCUGACAAGGGAAUCCAUCAUGGAGUUUCAAGGAGACAGCUCCAGCGUUGUGGUACGUGUGAUGAUAGCUUGUGUGUACUCUAUAGUCUGCGCUCUGGGGCUGGUGGGAAACUCACUGGCUCUGUAUCUGCUGCUCUCACGCCACAGGAAGAAGCAGUCAUCCAUCAACUGCUUUGUGAUGGGGCUUGCGAUCACGGACCUGCAGUUUGUUCUGACCUUGCCCUUCUGGGCCGUGGACACGGCCCUGGACUUCCGCUGGCCCUUUGGCCGAGUGAUGUGCAAAAUCAUCAGCUCCGUCACCACCAUGAACAUGUACGCCAGCGUGUUCUUCCUGACAGCCAUGAGCGUGGCACGUUACUACUCCAUCUCAUCGGCGCUGAAGAUGCACAGCCGAAGGGCAGCUGCAGCCCGGGCCAAAUGGACCAGCCUCGGCAUCUGGGCCGUCUCUCUGCUGGCCACUUUGCCUCAUGCCAUCUACUCCACUAGCGCCGAGGUGUCGGACGAGGAGCUUUGCCUGGUGCGUUUCCCAGACUCGGGCAGCUGGAAUCCACAACUUCUUUUGGGUUUGUACCAGCUGCAAAAAGUCUUGCUGGGUUUCCUGAUCCCUCUAUUCAUAAUCACAGUCUGCUACCUGCUUCUGCUGCGUGUCAUCCUCAGCCGGCGCAUCGCAGGAGCAGCAGUCCCAGAGGUCAAGCAAGGUCGGCAGAAUCGCCGUUCCAAAGUGACCAAAUCCAUCGCUAUUGUGGUUCUGUCCUUCUUCUUGUGCUGGCUUCCAAAUCAGGCUCUGACUCUCUGGGGGGUGCUCAUAAAAUUUGACCUUGUCCCCUUUAGCAAGGCAUUUUACAACACCCAGGCCUACACCUUCCCCCUGACUGUGUGCCUGGCGCACACCAACAGCUGCCUCAACCCUGUGCUCUACUGCCUGGUUCGCAGGGAGUUCCGGGCAGACCUCAAGGAGCUUCUCCUCCACGCCACGCCGUCCUUCAGGAACUUGACUCAUCUGCUGCGUCGCAAGGCCAAAGUGGCGGAGGCACCACCUGUCCUGGUGCUGGUCCAAAUGGACGUGUGACUCGGAACAACAUCCUACUGUGACAAAGAAAUUGAAAGAGCAAAUAACUAACUCACAAAGUAUACUGGCCAUAUUGAUCUGGAGACGCUAGCUGUGAGACAGUAUUUAUUUUAGCCUUCCCAAAACAGAAAAUCGCACUUCUCUCCGGCUGUAGAGGACAACAUAAUCACAGCAGACAGCGCUGUGGGGGUGUGCACCAAUUUCACUGUCGUCUCUGAGACUCACUUUGCUGCAUAUCCUUUUGUUGUUACAGCUCUCUACUUCACUCUGUGUCUGAUCGGUAAAAUAUCUGCUCUCCGGAAAAAAAUAUCAUGUACAAAUACAGGGGGGAAAAAAGAUGUGAGCCAUUCCAUUUUUGUAUUUGUGGAGUUUUGGGGUGCUUUCUGUGAACAUCUAAGAUGUGUAGAAGUUUUAGCUUUACCAUAAAUGCAGUAACACGGCACAUAUUCAUUGUUAACUCUGCAGAUUUAACAUUUGUGUUGAUGUUGGGGAAAAUGUAACCACGUGUCAUUUAUUUUUCUAAACAUAUAAAUAGCAUACCCCUUGCAUAUUGCAUCAUCUUGAGAAAAAAAGGCUGAAAUUGGACCAAAUGAAACAAUAAAAAAGCAAAUAAAGAAUAAAAACUUCAAUCAAUUUUCUUUUUUUUUAGGCAAGGCCACUAUGCAGCCUCUAAAAACAGAACAUUUACACAAGGUUUGUUUUUUAAGGCAACAAUUUCUCAUGUGAGCUAAGGAUGUUUGUAGAGUUGUGUGCAAACAAGUAGAACAGCUUUUGCUCGCUGGAUGGCUCCCAUUUGCUCUGAGAGGCGGCACGUAGCCUCACAAACACACAUAAGCAGUUUUCUCUAAGCAGCAGAAGUGUCAGAUUGAACAUGAAUAAUUUAGAUUUGCAUCAAAUUUGCAUCGUUUUCAAUCCAGGCCCUUCAUUCUUAAAAAUGAGGACUUUUUUAUUUACCGUUUCCUGUAAGCGUAUUUGCUUUUCUGGGAAAUCACGCAGUUGCUUAUCAUAUCAGCUGCAGGGUACGAGUUUAAAUGAUUAAAAUUAAAAAGUGAAACAGGGCAUUUUUUCUAAUUAUUGUUUAUUUUUUACUUCUUUUAUGAAAGAGAUGUUUUAAUAAAACAAAAUAACGACAGGUGAGAUGUAUUCUGAAUAAAAGCUUUCAAACAGAACUUUUUUUUUUGAAGAAUUGGGGCUGAAGGUGAAGUCAAAAUUUGCAGCACACGCCGUACGUGUUGAAAUUUAAAAAAGUAACCAGAGGCGCUGAUGGUGUUGUAAAACUCUGGCAGGAGGGCUUGUCUUGUCUUUUAUUAAUGAGAUUUAAUUAUAUGUGAUUCUGUAUUUGCACAGUGCCUCUUCUGCCAAUAACAGCAUCAGCAAUGUGCUGCAAAGCCCAUCUGUAAUCAAAGGAGGGACUGAUGGUGCCUGCGCAUCAAAGGUGUCCUCCGAUGGAGGGAGGCAGCAUUUAUUUUUCCUGAUGGAUAAGGAGAAAUUAAAAGAUAAAUUUUGACUCUGAUGAAUCAGUCUGGCAAUGCAAGCUCAUGAUAGUUUUACAUUUAUUCCUAAUGAGGUGUUAAUAACUGACCCAGUCAAGCUUCUGCUUUGCAUCCGCCUCAAACAAAAGACACUAAAAUCACUUCCACAGUGGGAAAAUACCUUUCAGUUCUAAUGGUGUUUGUGCUGCUUGCUUUAACAUCUGCCUAUAUAUUUUUUAUUUUACUGCCAUUAAUGGUGAAUUUAAAUGUGAUUUGUGUUCUUCCUCGUAACUAAUGCACCACUGGCAAAAAUUAAAGCUCUCCUGGAUGUUAUUUGUGAAGUGGUAAAAUUGCAGAUGUAUAAAAAAUAUAUUCACUAGCAUCUGAUUAUACAUCAGAGUCCGUUCAGAUACAUUUGUUUUGAUGCCAUGUUGCAGUUGACGUAAAUUCAACCAAAGUUGUAGGUACCUGUCAUUGUCCUCAGUUUGGAGAGAUAGAGAUUGGUGUUGAGUGGAUUAUUAUUAAUAAUAAUAAUAAUAAUACAUUUAAUUUCAGGCGCCUUUCAAACACCCAAGGUCAUCGUAAACUUUUUUAUUGAUUGAUAUUGAUGAGCUGACAGCUAGUUUGAGCCAGACCAAGACCAAAAUGCACUGCUGCCUUCAUAAAACCCAGUCUAGAAAUAGUCUACAGAGUUUAUUUAAUAAACUGUAACGCUGUUGUCAAGUUUGCAUUUAUAUACAUUGUUUGGAGCUGAAAUUCACCACCCUGCCAAAACUGGUUGCCACCCAAAAAUAAGGUCACACAAUGUUAUUUUGUUGGAUUGCCUUCAGCUUUGAUUACGACACACAUUCGCUGUGGCGGUGUUUCGUAAGAUUCUGCAAUGUCACAAGAUUUAUUUCCAUC